GUGGCUCCACUGACUCAGCUUUGACUCAGGACGCAAGCUCUGUCUGACAGACUAUUGUUCAACCACCGGAGUAUGACAGGAAGUAAUUACACGCAUUCAGUGCGCUUGGCUUAUUGUGCACAGGAGAAAUUACCCAGGUUCUGGUGGAAGUGGAGCCACUUUCUUUAUUGGACCCUUCAAUGAUGACUUCGCCUGCACAGCUCUAUCUGAUGGGAUAUCUGAGUCUGACUGUGGGGCUGGCUUUGGAUAUGGGGCCACAUCAAAACACGGAGUUUACAUUUAUGCUACCCACAGGCGGCACAGAGUGUUUUUACCAAACUACCACAACAGGUGACACCAUGGAGAUAGAAUACCAGGUUAUCGCAGGAUCCGGUCUGGAUGUUGGGUUUGCCUUGAUUUCACCCAGUGGUCACCGGGUGGUCUCUGAGUUCAGGACAUCUGACGGCAUCCAUAUGGUGGAUCAUACAGAAUUUGGAGAUUACCGGUUAUGCUUUGACAACAGCUUCAGUAAGAUGUUUGAGAAGAUGGUGUUUUUCAAAGUCAUAAUUAGCAGUCAAAGCAACACAUCUGGAGGCCAAGAGGAGUGGAUCGACUUCACAGUGACUGAAAGCGUGGCGGACGACAGAAUAGAAGAAAUCAGGAGAACAAUGGAUUCAGUGUACCGGCACCUGGAGAAGACCCGUCAGGUCCAGAGUGUGCUGCGGGCCUUUGAGGCCAGGGACCGCUACUUGUUAGAGGACAACCUGUGGCGAGUGUCCUUCUGGUCCUGUCUGAACCUGAUGGUGAUGCUUGGUGUGGCCGUCACUCAGAUCUACACCCUGAGACGUCUCUUUGAUAAUAACAAGCGGGUCUGCACUUGACGACAGAACGGGCGCAUUCAUUUUAUCCCUCACAGGACAACAAAGAUAACUUUUUUUUACUUUAUAUUUUGUAUUGAUAUUCCAUUGCAUCAUAUUUAUCUACAGAUCCAUGAUUCAGAGACGCUUUCGAGAAAUUUGGUCACCAAAAUGAAACUCAUGUUUUAGGAAGGUCUGUGAUGCAUUUUGAGCAGGUAAUAUCUGCUCAUUUGGUUACUGUGGCUCACAGGUAAUGACCAAUCACACAGGAUUGAUAAAAUACAGAAAGAGCAAAUCUGACCACUUCAUAGAGCUCAGACUGAAUGCUUCGUUGAGGUUCUUUUUCGUGAGUCACUGCCAUGUUGCGUGGAAGUGAUCAGCCUGUAUCCUCCAAGGAUUUUGUGGAGGUUUUUUCAGGCCAGUUUCCAAUGGAGCUAAAAUGGUGCCAGUUUUUUUUACUAACGUUUAAUUUUUCAAGGUUUGAUUUCACAGCGUUUUAUUUUUUAAUGCGAAAUCUCUUACCUAUCUUCAUUUUAGUUGGCCCGUUUUAGCUUGCAGGCCAAUAAAACAUGAUACUUAAACAGGUGUCGAGCCUUGCAAGAAAAUCAAAUAAGUAUCUACCUGGAGGUAGAAGCCGGGGAAAGAAUGAACUGUUGUAAAAAGAAGUGACAGAUUGCUGUGUGGACUUUGGAACCUGAGAAAACUCAGUGGACCAUCACUUGACAUCACAUGACUUCACUUUCUAAAUCAUCAACUUUGAAAACGUCUCAAUGGACUCAGACAGCUUUGAUUCUCUCAAAUUUUUCUCCACUCUGGGACCUUAAUUUCCAGAUGAAAUGUGAAAUCAAAUGUGUAUCAUAACAGUACAGUUGUUUUUCACCUUAUGCCUCUGACAUCAUCACUGGUUCAGAAGCAGCUAAUAAUGAAAGCGGAAAAGGCUGAAACUCAUGUCCUAAAUAAAUCAGGAUGUUGAUACUUGAAGUUUCGACCUGCUGACUCUCCAGGUCAUACAAAUUCAUAAAUGUUUCUUUCAACCACACUUCUUCCUCCCACUCAUUUUUCCAUUAAUAGGCCUGGAUAUGGCAACAACCACAUGUGGAGUCAUCAACCUUUCAAAUAAGUGUGUGCGUUACACAGUCGCAUUUGUAUUUACUUUAAGUCAUAUUAACCACAGUAAAGAAAAAGUAAAACUUAUCACUUUAUGAAUUUGAAGUGCUGAGAUUAACUGAUGAUCAAAUAUACUUAGACAAUUCAAACAUAAAAGCCCUAACAUAUUAAUAUUUGUGAAUAUUGUCAAGUGAAUCUAGAAAGCCAAAAUUUGCUCCAUUGUUAUUUUAUUAAAUACAAUUAACAGUCUUAUUGAUAUUUCAAACCUUCAGAGAAAUAAUUUCCAAAUAUUACCCUCAUUGGAUCAUAGUUUGGUAAAAAAAAAAAAAAAAAAAUCUGUUUAACAUCAAAAGCAAACACUGGGAUUC